AUGUCUCCUCCUGCAGCAGCUUCCAAGGCAAUGUUCAAGUUUGGCUCACUGGCUUUCACCCGCGAUGCCGCCCCACUCCUGGGCGUAACCCUUGCCGGAUGCACCUACGGCAUUUACGUGAUGUUCACCUGUGUACAUGCCGUAGAGGACCAUGGAUCCAAUGAGUGUUACGAGGGGGACAGCAUCUUGGGUGACUGGAACACCGGCGAUUCUGAAAAAGAUACGAUAUUUUCGUACAUUGGAAUUGCCGUGGUGGCGUACUAUGCGUCGCUCAUAGUGACGUUCGCCUAUGAUGUCUUUGUGCGCCCUGGAGUCAAGCUGAGCAAGUUCGGAGCUGGUCAGGGAUUCUGGGCCAUCGUCACCGGGUGCACCGAUGGACUGGGUCGCGAAACGGCGCUAGAGCUGGCGCGCAAGGGGUUCAAUAUCCUUUUGGUUUCACGGUCCCAGGAUAAGCUGGAUCUGAUGGCAACAGAGGUGCGCGCAUUGGGCGUCGAGGCUCGUGUGCUGGCUGUUGACUUUGCUAAAGUGUCGGUUGAGCAGUGGGCGGAGAUCCAGCGGCAGGUGGACGAUGUGCGUGUGGGUGUUCUGGUUAACAAUGUGGGCGUGAGCUACGAUUACCCGAUGUUCCUGGAGGAGGUGAGCGAGGAGACUGUGGAUGCGCUGGUCGACAUUAAUAUGCGGGCUAUGGUCAAGAUGACCCGCACUGUGUUGCCGCAGAUGAAGGAGCGCAAGUCGGGGCUUAUUCUGAACAACGGCUCGUUUGCUGCCCUGCUGCCUUCGCCUUUCUUGUCCGUGUACUCGGGCUCCAAGGGAUUCGUCAAGUACUUUAGCCAGUCGGUCGCGUCCGAGGUCGCCAAGGAUGGCAUCAUUGUUGAGCACUUGCAGACCUACUUUGUCUGCUCCAAGAUGUCCAAGACCAAGAAGCCCAACUUUUUCAUCCCGCUGCCCAAGCCCUACAUUAAGACUGUUUUGAACAAGAUUGGCGUGCAGGGUGGGUCGUCCGAGCCCUACACUUCGGUGCCGUUCUUCUCACAUGCGUUGAUGGCAUUUUUGGCUGAGCGGUUCGUGCCUAAGCAGGCUGCUAUUGACUACAACUUCAACUUGCUCAACGGCCUGCGCAAGAGGGCGCUUAAGAAGAUCCAGAGAGAGCAGGAGGCUGACAAGACAAAGACUGCUUAA